AACAGCAGGACAAGCUGUACAAUUCGGAUGUGUUGCUUUUGUAUUUUUGCUUUCUUCAUAAAUAUAUAAUAACAUAUUUGAUGCGACUGGGGUCAUUCAGAACUGAGAGCAAACAUGGAAUUACUGCAGAGUGCACACUGAGCCUUCACAAUCAUCGUCAAAAUAAAGGCUGAUGGACACCCAAAAUCAGAACCCCUUUGCAGGCACAGGAUCACUCUACAGGAUGGCUCAAAUGAUGCACUCUGGUCCGAACAGAAACAGACCUACAGAGUUUAGCAUGAGCUACUCGAAAACAAAGAAAAUGAGGAAGAGUCAUUUUCAGUUGCCUUUGGCUGGACAGAACAUGAACAACUGCAACAACAAUGAUGGCAAAAAAGAUGACAAGAAAGAAGAACCCAAAAAUGAGAAGAAAGAUGAGAAGAAGGCAGAACCUAAGAAAGACGACAAGAAAGACGACAAGAAAGAUGACAAGAAAGAUGAUAAGAAAGAUGACAAGAAAGAUGACAAAAAAGAUGAUAAAAAGGAAGAACCAAAAGAGGUGUGGAUCAUGGACCCUGCCACAGAUACAUACUACUACUGGUUAUGGACCAUAUCCGUCCCUGUCUUCUACAAUCUGAUGUUGCUGGUAGCCAGGGCUUGCUUCAAUGAGCUGCAGAAUAACAACACCGUAUUGUGGAUCGUGUUGGACUACACCUCGGACGCCCUCUACCUCGUGGACACUUUUGUGAGAGCCAGAACGGGUUUCCUUGAGCAAGGCCUGCUCGUAAGGGAUGAGAAGAUUCUGAAGGAAAAGUACAGGAAAACACGUCAGUUUCAACUGGACAUCAUAUCCAUAAUUCCUACUGAUGUUGUAUUCAUUCAUAUUGGACUGAACAAUCCCGAGUGGAGGUUCAAUCGCCUCUUUAGGGUGGCUCGGCUCUUUGAGUUCUUCGACCGAACCGAGACUCGCACCAACUUCCCAAACAUCUUUCGAAUUGCUAAUCUUGUGCUUUACAUCAUCAUCAUCAUCCACUGGAACGCUUGCAUCUAUUUCGCAAUUUCUAAGGUUCUCGGCUUUGGCACGGACACGUGGGUUUAUCCGGCAACAAAGAAUGAAGACUUUCGACGUCUCACCAGGCAGUACAUAUACUGCUUCUAUUGGUCCACUCUGACUUUGACCACUAUUGGGGAGACGCCACCGCCCGUCCGUGAUAUCGAGUACUUCUUUGUUGUGGCCGACUUCCUCACCGGGGUUUUGAUCUUUGCUACAAUCGUAGGCAAUGUCGGUGCCAUGAUAUCCAACAUGGGUGCCGCUCGAGUGGAGUUUCAGGCCAAGAUCGACUCCAUCAAGCAGUACAUGCAGUUUCGAAAGGUUUCGAAAGACCUUGAGGCCCGAGUGGUCAAGUGGUUCGAUUACUUGUGGACAGAGGAGAAAACAUGUGAUGAAAAGCAGGUGCUCAAAAAUCUCCCGGAUAAACUCAAAGCUGAGAUCGCCAUCAAUGUUCAUCUGGAAACCUUGAGUAAAGUGCGAAUUUUUCAAGAUUGCGAGGCGGGUUUGCUUGUGGAGUUGGUCCUCAAACUUCAACCCCAAGUCUUUAGUCCUGGCGACUACAUCUGUAAGAAGGGGGACAUCGGGAGAGAAAUGUACAUUAUCAAGGAAGGGAAGUUAGCGGUGGUGGCCGAUGAUGGGGUCACCCAGUUUGUGGUCCUCAGCGAUGGAGCCUACUUUGGAGAAAUUAGCAUUUUGGGUAUCAAGGGGAGUAAGGCGGGGAAUCGAAGAACGGCCAACAUCCGAAGCGUGGGUUACUCUGACCUGUUUGCCUUAUCCAAGGAUGACCUGAUGGAGGCGCUAACAGAGUAUCCCGACGCCAAGAAUGCACUGGAAGACAAGGGACGAGCCAUUCUGAUGAAAGACAACCUCAUUGACGAGUCGCUUGUGACAGCUACCGACGCCAAAGACUUUGAACUGAAAGUGAACGUGGUCGAGUCGAGCCUGGAAAUCAUGUCACUAAAACUGAAGAAGCUGACGGAACAUCAUGAAUCAUCACAGCGCAAGCUCAAACAACGGCUCAGAAAUUUGACUAACCAGGUCCGCCUCAUCAAUGUAGCUGAUGAAUAGGAUGAGCUCAGGUGCGACGUCUACUUAGCAAUUGCUCUUUGUAUAUUCUUAAUAUGCAACUUCAUGAAAUGUUUAGGAACAAAGGUUGGUUCGUUUGUUCUUUAACAAUAUGACACCAAACACAAACUAUCAGAAAUGGCAAAUUCAGGUAACCAUUCAUGGACACAAGUACUGAAUGAAAACGUAUAUCGAUAGCCUCCACUGGCAACAAUAAGGUCGAGCAAAAAUGUUUUUUGUAGAUCAGACAACGUAUGGGACAACCAUGUCUCAUCUCCAAAACAGUUUCAGUUCCUGAAUAAUUUUGGGAUGUCUGGUGUCAAUCACACCCUUGAAAUCUUGCCACAACGCGUGCUUCAAAAUGGACACAGUCAUUGCAUUCUAUUAUUCUACCACUAGACGGCCAAAAAUUCUACACCCAGUCUCUUUUUCACAGCAACACAAUAUGACCGGUUGCUAGCCACAUUUGGAAAUGCUCACGUCGCAGCCUACCAAGAAGUCAAAUAUUAGAUCGCACCUCAACUGCUCCUUUUUAAACAGGAAGAGGAGGAGACGGCUCGGCAGGAACUUGCAUAAUCAUGCCCUUACAGCACAGGUGUCAAACUCAAGGCCCGGAGCCAGAUA